UAACAUUCAUUCCCCUAACAUCAGUGUCCUGGAAUGGAAGGGCUGCUCUACUGUCAUCAGUGACCUCAAUUAAGUCUUUCUUGUGCUUUGCCACCUGAAUACAUGACUUCUACCUUGUGGUCCAAGAUGGCUCCUCUCAGUCUAGCUAUCAUGUCUGCAUUUCUGCCUCAACUAGGACGGAAGGAAAAAGGCAAAAGCACAUCCAGGCUUUUGAGGGCUCUUCUCAAAAGAGUAUUUGCAAAUAUCAAAUAUGUUUCCAUUCCAUUGGCCAGCACCCAUAGCCUUGGAUCAACUUUAUUUGAAAGUAGACAGAAAUAGAGUCCUUAUUUGGGAUACAGUAUAGCCAGUUAAAAUCAAACUAGGUACUUUAAUACUUUGAAGAAGGUGAGAGGGAGGAAUACGUGAGUUAACUAGUAGCCUGUCACACCUCAUAGACUAUUUCUCCUCUACUUUCCUUGUAUUUUGCCACUGAUCCUCUAUACCUGUACUACAACACUCAUCUGCAUUACCUUCCUUGAUAGUUGUGUUCAUUUAUCAAGUAACUUCUUGCAUUGUACAUAAGAGGUGUAUAAUAGUAUUUUAAAAUUGAUUUGUACAGAUUCUAAGUGUUCAAAAUUAAAGCAGAGUGCAGGAAAAUAACAUUCCUUUGGUGGGUUUAUUUAAUCAAUUCGAUGUUUCACACAUACUGGAUACAUUUGUUGAACAAAUGAAUAAAAACUUUAAUGGUAAGCAUCUACAGUCUUUAUACACUACGUAUUGUUCAGUUUUUCAUUUUUAAGAAAGGUAAAACUCUGAGAUGAUAGAAACUUAACUCUGACUAACUUGAUUCAUGAAUUUCUUUUAGUUUGUCUAUGAUCCAUGGAAUAAGAGAAGGACUAAAGAAAGCUGCAUUGGACAAUACCAUAAAAGGCAUUGUGAUUUAGGGAGUAACUGGCAACUUUUGUGCAGGUGCAGACAUCCAUAGCUUCAGCACUCCUAUGUCCUCUGCAGAAGGACUGGGAUCUGCAGUAGAUGAAAUGCAGAGAUAUAAGAAGCCUUUGGUGGCCGCUAUCCAAGGUGUUGCCUUAGGAGGGGGACUGGAGCUGGCGCUGGGCUGUCACUACAGGAUUGCGCACGCAGAGGCUCAAAUUGGUUUCCCAGAAGUCACGCUAGGGAUUCUUCCUGGUGCAAGAGGAACUCAGCUUCUCCCCAGACUCAUUGGAGUUCCUGCUGCACUUGACUUAAUAACCUCAGGAAGAUACAUUUUGGCAGAAGAAGCACUCAAAUUGGGUAUUUUGGAUGAAGUUGUGAACUCAGACCCACUCGAAGAGGCAAUCAAAUUCACCCAGAAAAUUUUAGAUCAAUCUCUAGAACCUCACAGAAUCCUCAACAGGCCAGUCCCCAGCUUGCCCAACAUGGAUGCCAUUUUCAGAGAAGCCUUUGAGAAGAUGCGGAGACAGUAUCCUGGGCGCCUUGCUCCAGAGACCUGUGUCCGUUCAGUCCAGGCCUCUGUGCAGUUCCCCUAUGAAGAGGGCAUCAAGAAAGAGGAGGAGCUGUUUCAGUACCUUCGGCGAUCCAGGCAGGCUGGUGCCCUGCAGUAUGCUUUCUUCGCUGAGAGAAGUGUGCCUAAGUGGUCAACCCCAUCUGGAGCCUCCUGGAAAACAGCUACUGCACGACCUGUCUCCUCCGUUGGUAUUCUUGGCUUGGGAACAAUGGGCCGAGGCAUCGCCAUUUCUUUUGCAAGGGUCGGGAUCCCUGUGAUUGCUGUGGAAUCAGACCCAAAGCAGCUAGAAGCUGCACAAAAGUUAAUAACUUCAAUCUUGGAGAAAGAAGCAUCCAAAAGCAGGCAACAGUGUGGCCAGCAAAGGUCAGGACCAAAACCUAGGUUCAGUUCAUCUAUAAAGGACCUAGCCAGUGUCGAUCUAGUCGUCGAAGCAGUAUUUGAGGACAUGAACCUGAAGAGGCGGGUCUUUGCUGAACUGUCAGCUGUGUGCAAGCCAGAAGCUUUUCUGUGCACCAAUACUUCAGCCCUGGAUGUGGAUGAAAUUGCUGCUUCUACCAAUCGCCCUCAGCAGGUUAUUGGCACUCACUUCUCUUUCCCAGCUCAUGUUAUGAAGUUAUUAGAGGUUAUUCCCAGUCAACACACAUCCCCCACCACCAUUGCCACUGUUAUGGACCUAGCAAAGAAGAUUAAAAAGAUCACAGUUGUUGUAGGCAACUGUUACGGUUUUGUUGUGAAUCGCAUGUUGAGACCUUAUUCUGAACAGGUUUACUUCUUAUUGGAAGAUGGCAGUAAGCCAGAGGACAUAGAUCACGCACUGGAAGAAUUUGGUUUCAAGAUGGGGCCCUUUCGAGUUUCUGACCUUACUGGCUUAGAUGUGGGCUGGAGAGUUCGCAAGGGGCAAGGUCUUACUGGGCCUGUGCUGCCUCCAGGAACUCCUGCCCGAAAGCGAGGCAAUGCAAGGUACAGCCCCAUUGCUGAUAUGCUGUGUGAAUUGGGAAGAUUUGGCCAGAAGACUGGUCAGGGUUGGUAUAAAUAUGACAAGCCAUUGGGUAGGAUUCACAAACCUGACCCCUGGCUUUCCAAAUUCCUGUCAGAAUACAGAGAGACCCAUCAUAUCAAACCGCGUAUCAUUGGGCAGGAUGAGAUCCUGGAGCGCUGCUUGUAUGCACUCAUCAAUGAAGCCUUCCGGAUCCUGGAGGAAGGGAUAGCUGCUAGUCCAGAGCACAUUGAUGUGAUCUUCUUGCAUGGGUGUGGCUGGCCACGGCACAAGGGUGGGCCCAUGUUCUAUGCCUCUACCGUUGGGCUGCCCACAGUUCUAGAGAAGUUGCAGAAGUAUUACCAGCAGAAUCCUGAUAUUCCUCACCUGGAGCCCUGCAACUAUCUAAAAAAGCUGGUUUCCCAGGGAAACCCUCCUCUGAAAGAAUGGCAGAGCCUGGCAGGGCUGCCCAGCAGUAAAUUGUGAUUCAGCCUUCUUGGUUGGGCUCAUAUAUUGGAGUCAGAAAAAACUCACAGAAUUUUGGUGAAAUUAAAUUGAUAAAUACAAAUAAAAUUAUUCCAAAAUAAAAAUCAAGAGAUAUAAUUGAUCAGUAAUCCUCCUCUUUAAGGCUUCUGUUUGAUGAUUCUUGUGGGUCAAAUCUUUAGGAUGUAUUUCCUACGCCUCUCAACCUCCCUAUCAUGUAAAUAAGUAAAUAAAUUUUUCUUAAUGCUAUGAUGAUUCAUGAGAGACCUCACUUCAAGUUGGGCUUUGCAUGUAGUUUGAUGAUUGGGGAAAUAUAUUAUCAAAUCAUAAAUGAAAAUCACAGCUGUGUCAUAAUGUCAUUUGGCCCCUUACCCUUAUGUACACACUAUGGAUCAUGUAUUGACAAGCAUCCACUGAGAACCUCCUGAAAAACCUUGACAGACCAAGAGUCCAUGGGAGCAUUAGACCAGCAUGUGACCUGUACUGAACUUCAGCUUAGUCUUGGAGGUGGCAUGCAGGUAGGCAGGGAACAGGCAGCAGUGAUGGGUUUUAUGUGUGAACAUGAAAAGCUGCCCAAGAACGGGCAGAGGUUGUAACCUAAAAGAAGCAAAGCAUAGCUGGGAAUUGAUGACAGUGCCAAGCACUUAAGAUGAAUCUGAGAAUCUCAAGGGUAGCUCAUCAUCUCAAUUUGGUUAAGGUCCAGUCUCAUCUGCACAGUUGUGCUUGAUGCUUGGAAGAGAUGUCCCCAAGAUACAAAAUAUCUACAAACAGAUCUUUAUUUUUCCCUCAAGGUGAGAUGACAGGAAGCGGCAAGUUGUUAACUUUGUGUAAGAAGGGAUCCUAGGGAAUGUCUAGCUUUUAAGGAUUUCUUCUGUGAUGGUAUAAUGAUCCAGUUUCUCUAUCAUGAAAAGGUUUUGUGAUGUUGUAUAUGAAAAGCUGAAUCUUGAAACACAUAAAAUUAUUAGAAUACAAAUUUGUAUUUUCAUUUUGA